CCGGUGCCUUUGCAGAAAGACCUGAUCGUGCAGAGCGAGAUGUACCGCGUGAUGAAGAUCGACGCGCUGGCCUCCUCGCACCCGCUCUCCUUCCAGGAGGACGAGAUCAAGACGCCGGCGCAGAUCAGCGAGGUCUUUGACGCCAUCGCCUACAGCAAGGGGGCGUCGGUGCUGCGCAUGCUCUCCGAGUUCCUCACCGAGGAGCGCUUCAAGCAGGGGCUGAAGUCCUACCUCCAGACCUUCAGCUACGGGAACACCGUCUACGACGACCUGUGGACCCACCUGCAGAAGGUACGCGGCUCCCCCACCGGCCACCCCACUGCAAUACGGUCCUGCAGCCACCUUGCCCCACACACGGGCUCCCUGUGGCCCCAGCAGGCACAUGAUCAGGCCUGGUGCCUGGCACACGGCCCCGCUGGGCACACCCGAGGCACACGGGCAGGCCUGGCACACG